AUGGACUGCGCCACCAGCCCAGUGAGCUUCGACUGUGGAGCGGAUCAGCCAUGCCCGGUGUGGGCCCCCGCUCCGCCCCUCUCCGGCCUCUCCCCCCCCCCCCCCCCCCCCCCCAGUGUCUCCCCACAAUGCCAGGUGGCCACUGCUGAAGAAUGCGAAGAGCACAAGGACUUCGUGCCAGGCCACAGCUUGGCUGGCGAGGGCAUUGACAUCACCACACUGGAAAAAAGAGGGGGCAAGGUGCUGGAUAUGAAUCAGUGGCAGAAGCCAGACGGGACUUGUACCUUAUGCCAGAAUCAGCUGCUGCCGGACAAGCCGCUCCAGAGGCUACCGCUGGCUGCCGUGGACUGGGAGGUCAAAACCAUGUGCCAGCAGAAGGUGCACACAUCACUGCAGAACAAUGGCUUUGGGGUGGUCAGCGCUGCCGGAUCCGAUGUGCAGAAUGACUGGAAGCUCGGGCUGGAUAUACAGGUGAAGCCGCAGACAAAUAUCCAAGUGGCUUUGGCAGCAUCCCACUCCAAGACAGCUGACUUCAGCAUGGACAAAGCCUCACAGGACAAGUACAGUUUCGCUAGACAUGAAGUAUCCUGCACAUACUACAGCUUCCGCACUGACCACCACCAGCAGCUCAGCAAGCACUUCAAGCUUGCCCUACACAAUCUCCCCGGGAAGUACCACCAUGCGACCCAGCUGGAAUAUCGCCAGCUCAUUGCCACCUAUGGGACACAUUUCAUCACGCGGCUUCACUUGGGCGGGCGCAUAAGGGACGUGACGGCCGUGCGAGAGUGUGAGUUGGUGCUGAAUGGGGUAACCGCCGAUGAGGUCAAAGACUGCCUGAGGAUUGAGGCAGCUGCCAGUAUUGGAGGCGCAGUGAAAAUGGAUGCGGCCUACAAGACGUGCGAAGAGCUGAAAAAGAAACAGACUUUCCAGGGCAGCUUCCACCAGGUGUACAGAGAGAGGCACACAGAGGUGGUGGGUGGGACUAGUCACAUUGACCUGCUUUUUCCCGACAAUCACAACCCUGAGACCUUCAGUGAGUGGUUGGAAGGUGUUAUAUCUGUGCCCGGCCUGCUUUCCUACUCGCUGGACCCCAUUCAUACCUUGGUGCCCGAGGGGAACCCUAGGAGGGAGGGCUUGCAGCAGGCCGUGAGAGAGUACGUGACAGAAAGAGCCCUCUGGCGGAACUGCACCCAGCCUUGCCCACCGGGAACACAGCGCAGUGUUCGGGACCCCUGUUCCUGCGUGUGUCCCAGUGACGGCACCACCAGCUCCAUGUGCUGCUCACGAAAACGGGGCCUGGGCAAGCUGACUGUGAAGAUCCAGCGGGCUCAUGGCCUGUGGGGAGAUUCCUUCUCACGGACAGAUGCCUACGUCAUGGUGUUCUACCAAGGGAGGGAGAUUCGCACGCCCACUGUGUGGAACAAUGACAACCCAGUAUGGAACAUCCAUUUGGAUCUGGGACACAUCCAGAUACUUGGGGAAAACAGCAAGCUCCAAAUCCAGGUCUGGGAUGAAGACAACAAAUAUGACGACGACAGUCUGGGGCUCUGUGAGAAGACUCUUGAGGCUGGGAAGCUACAUAAUGAAGUCUGCUACUUAGACCAUGGGCGCCUGGAUUUCCAAUACCACUUGAUCUGUGCUCCCUACCUGGGCGGCCCCUUCUGCUUCGAUUAUGUUCCUCAGAUGCCAAAAAGUGGGGAGGUCUUGUUACGCAAGGGCAAAGCAGUCACUGUGAAGCAAAAGGCCCCUUGAUUGUGUGGCGCAGUUGGACUUUCAGAGAUGCCCACAGGUGUUCCUUGUAAGCAGAACACGAGCCACCCUCUUUCCCUCUAAGUGCAAAAUCCCAGACCUGCAGCAAUAAGGGCUUCACCUGAAAAAGCUUGUCACAAUCUGUGUUAGUCCUUAAAUGUCACAGAACUCUCACAUCAUUUCUCUCUAAUCAGUGUACACUCU